AUGGGCGGAUCAGCAGUCACAGAGUUUUACAUCAUACAACUCAAGUCAAAUAGUACCGUCGAUGGAGCUCACGAAGCCUUGAAGAGCGCUAUCGCGGGCGUAAAAAGUGCCGAUGGUUCUCAAAAGGUACUCUUCGGUCGCCAACUAGAAAAUCCCAACGUGGGCGUGCUGUCUGUUGUAUGGAGCUCCUGCGAUGAUGCGAAAGCGAACCAUGCGUCGCCGGCGAGCUUCAGUGCCGUGGCUGACAGCGUCGCCUCGCAUACUUUGAACGCGGAUGCCACGGCCGUCUUGGAGGCCCCCACCACAGAGAUCUUCACCGGCUACGGGGCCGAGACGGGCUUUGCGGAGAAUGUCAAGGACUUCAGCGAGAAGGUCGAUGCCGAGAAACCUGAAGGAUACCUUGGCGCCGUGCACGGAGAGGUGCUGGAGGAGAUCUCUCAGGCACCAGAUGGACCGAAAGGAAAGGCUGUCAAGCUGGUGAUUGGGUGGACGAGUAAAGAUGCUCAUAUCGAGGCAAAGGGAAAGCCCGGUGCUAUUGCAAACAAUAUUGGUCUUUUGAGAGAAUUGCGGUCGGGAGGUGACAUGUUCCACGUGCAGUUCAAGGAAUUGUAA